GACGUUAAUUGUAUAAUGCCUUGAACAUGGGCCGUUGUUACAAUAUAUUCAGUUCCUGAAAUAUUCUGUUCCACUGGGUGGCGCCACCCGCUUCGAAUGUUAUCACUCGAUUGAAUGGGCGUUAUCAGUGGUUAUCAGCUCAUAGAUAUGGGCCAGAAGGGGCCUGCUGCGCCUACUGGUAGGCUCAGAUGGCUGUUAUCAUCCAUCUACAUGGUUAAUCACCGAUACAAAUACAAGAGACGAUUCCAGAUCCAAUCAGAUCGGAAGUUCACUGGAUGACGCGGCAUCGUUGCGGUAUUUCCCGCCGGUUGAUAUUUUUCAGAUAUGGGAAAAGCACGUUUGAGGAGUGUAAAGAUUAAGGUGGUGAGGAGGUGUAUCACUGGCCCUGCAAAGGUUUCGUACCUUAGUCAUUGUCUUCCCCAGCCCAACUCCAAACAGACUUCCAAACCUUGCAUGUCUAUUACACCUCAACAGGCUGAACAUGAUGAUGUGGCACCGAGUUCAUGUUCUGAGACUGCAUACAGUAAGGCAAAGAAGAGAGAGCUUCAUGCCUGGGAUGCAGUCAAGGAUGACAUGCUUAAAGUGUCUUUUGAAUGUUCAGCACCAUUCACUACCCAGUGUGUUGUCUGCCUAGAACAGGCUGAUUAUAGGUGCAUUGAGUGCAGCACCACUGCAGUGUUUUGUGGGGCUUGUCUGAAGAAGACUCACAGAAAUUCACUGCAUCUUCCUGAUAAGUGGAAUAAUGCCUACUAUGAGCCAUCCUCCCUGGGGUUAUUCCUAUAUUUACCUGAAGGCCAUGGCACCCAUGCUGUGUAUACAAAGGACAUGAAGGUCAUUGUCAGUACAGGACGGCUCUGCACCGUCACAGUCAAUAUGUGUGCGUGUGAACCAGAAACCUGCACUCUGCUAAGGUAUGGGCUCUGGCCAGCAUCAGCCGACAAGCCCCAGACAGCCUUCUCCAUCCCUCUGCUAGAGCUUUUUGUUUGUCUGUCACUGGAGUGUCAGGUUUCUGUUGAGGGUUUUUGCAACACCCUGCGCUGGAAAAAUAACCUCACACUUGCAGAGGUUAACACACUCUACAGAGCCCUGGUGGGAGAAUCCAUAUCCCAUUUUAGGCAUCACCACUUCCGACAAAGAAGUUUGGUAGAUAUUUGCCCUCAAUUAGAUGAUGGGACCAUAUGCCCAGCAUGUCCAAAGGCGGAUGGAGAUAUGAUUGUGACAUUGGAUGCCAACUUUGGCCUUGUGAGGAAGCAAAGCUCAGGUACAAGUGUGGUUGAGCCAUUACAUGGAACCCGCAUGUUUGUUGAUGAAAAGGAUGUAGAAGAAUACCUGCUAUCACAUCUUGACAGCUCAAAGCCUCACGAGGACUGCAGUAACUUCAAGGCUGGCAACAUGCUGAGGUCACAAAAACAAGCAAAGAAACUUGAUGUUACAGGAGUGUUUGGAGCUUCUUGUCGUCAUGAAAUGCCCCUAAUGUUUGUCAACAUGAGCCAAGGAGAACGAUUAGCCUAUCCCCUGUAUGUCAUCGAUGAGCUACUUCGAAGAUGUGAGGACAAGAACAUACACCUGCGAGUAGUCUAUGACAUUGCCUGUGUUGUUGCCUCACAUUUGCAUAAAUCAGGGGAGGGCAUACCACACAACAUCUCCUUGGCUGUACCAGCAUUUCACGUUUAUGGACACAAAUUGCCCUGCCAGAUCAAGUACAGCACCAGGCGGCUCAAUGGGUUUGGGCUCACAGACGGGGAAGGAAUGGAAAGGCUGUGGUCUUUCCUCCGAAGAUUUGCCAGAGUCACAAAGGAGAUGACUCCAUCUCACCGCCUUGACCUGUUGACUGAUGCCCUUUUGCAUUAUGGACGGAGGAAAUCAACUGAUCUAGUGUUGGUUUCUGAGGGAGACAUGGAGAAAUGGAAGAAAAGGGAGAUGGAGCUAGCCCAGCAGAAACAGAAACCAAUGGAAAAGGGACUACAUCAUCAAGCUGAUCAGUUCUACAAGUUCAAGUAA